AUGGACCCUGCCAGCUUAUCGCGCUCGUCGAAGCGUGCUAUUCCUGUUGGCUUGCUGGAAGCUGCACUCGACUCCCCGACGUUCCGGUCCACCGCCCUGCACUUUGGCGACCAGAUCGACACCAUUGAAAAAUGGCUCAACAACUAUGUGAACUCGACAUCCAAGCUCCUCCACGACUUCCUCGCCCUCGAGGAUACCAUCAACUCGUACCUCGCAAAGACGGCAGCCCCGGUCGGCGAUACCCUUCUCGACAAUGACUAUACUUUGCUUGCACUCAAGAGGGUCGGAGAGGGGUCGCGCGAAUGGCUUACGCAGAUACAAAGUGGCAUGAAGCGUAUGGAAUCGACCGUUGUUGAGCCCAUCAGGGUCUUCCUGAAUGGUGAUUUGCGCAAUUUCAAGGAUACGCGGCGGGCUCUCGAGGCAGCACAGCGCACCUACGACUCGACCCUCGCCCGUUAUGUCGGGCAGCACAAGACGAAGGAGCCAUCUGCCCUGAGAGAAGAUGCAUUUUCCGUGUUUGAGGGUCGCAAGAUCUAUCUGCAGGCAUCGAUAGAAUUCUGCCAGGUCGUCCCCCAGCUUCGAUCCACCAUCGACAGGCUCCUCGUUACCGUCUGCAGCGACAUAUGGAAGGAGAUUAAAGGCUCCCGUGAUGCCACCGCCAACGCUAUGCGCUGGAACCGUGAGAUGGAGCGUGUUCGCGGCUGGUCCAAGGAAAUGGAAGCUGCUGAUGCCGUCUUCCGCCGCGAGCUCCAUGCAGCCAAGAAGGACAUAUACGACAUGGCCAUUGAAAAUGUCAAACCCUCGCGAGAGCUUGACGACUAUAACGUUUCGACCAUCCCAUUCCUAAGCUCACGUGGCCCCGUGAAUCUGCAGCCCAAGGAUGACUCCGCUGUCAUCUCGGCGAAGCAGGGUUGGCUCUUCUUGCGCGUGCUGUCCAACAAACCCGCCAGAUAUACUUGGAUCCGAAGGUGGCAUUACUGCAGAGAUGGAGUCUUUGGUUGGCUGAUCCCAGGUACACAGGGUGUUCUUCAGGGUGAUGAGAUCGGAGUCUUGCUGUGCAACGCCAGACCAGCCGUGGGCGAAGAGAGGCGAUUUUGCUUCGAAAUCAAGACCAAAGAUCAAUCCUUGGUUCUUCAAGCCGAAAACCAAAAGGAACUGACAGAAUGGCUUGAAGUAUUUGAAGUUGCAAAGAAAGCGGCCUUUGACACCAGCCGCGGAAGAAGCACCAGCUCCAUGUCCCGCCAUGACCCUGCCUUUUCUAUUAACCCGCCAAGUGCUCCCGAGUUUUCUGCCAACAAUGCUGAUACACAUCCCGCCGCUUCCGAGGACCCUGUAGUUGGUAUGGAACGCGCUGCGACCAUGCUCCUGCCACCGGAGGCUCACACCAUGUCCCGUCAUAGUAUCGACAUAAGCCCUCCUGGCACCGUGCCGCGAAGGUCCUUUACGGCUCUUGGAAAGGAAUUCAGCAAGGACUUGGUGACUCGCGAAGAUGGCGAGUCUGGCAGAGAGCAUGCUGCCCGCAUCAUUCAGAAAUUGGAUUUGCAUAGAAAAUCAACCUUCGGCCCUGGUACCGAAGGCGCAACGGCUGGCCCUGCCGCACCGGCGUCUGGGAGCGGCAUUGCUAGCUUAAUAUCAGCGAGCCAUAACGUCCUGCCGGGCUAUCCACACCCGCUACUCUCUCCAAGCGUUGCAAAGAGAGGCAGUCCGCUCCCGAAGCUUGAUAGUCAGUUGGGUUCCCUAGCGCCAUCGACGCUGGAGAAGCCGCCCGUGGUCACGACCCUCAGCCGAGCUGCGGCCAUGCAUGCAGCUGACAAGUCCCCACUGGGGGAAUCGCGAAAGAAUCUUCCUGCUUCCCUUGUUGCCAACUACUGGGGAACAAACAUGUGGGCAGCUUCAGACACCCCUAACCAACCCGUGCUGCCCAGAAGAGAGGCCGACGAUCCUAUUGGUGUGCUUCUACCGGAAAGCAUGCAGACCACACUCAGCACGCCGACCAAGGAAAAGACACCAAGUGAGCUUCUCCCGAACAAUUACCCAGCAGAACUGCGCCUGCAGACUGCACAGUUCAAACUGCUCUUUCCUGAUGUACAGGGAGAUGAAAAGCUCGUACUCGUUUUCCGAGCCUCUUGGUCCUUCAAGGCGGCCAGAGACUCGCCUCAAGACUCGUUUGCCGGUGAUGGAAGAGUAUAUGUCACGCCGGACUACAUGUACUUUUAUAGUCAGCGCAUGGGGCUCAUCACAACCUUUUCGCUUAGCUUGGACAUUAUCGCGGCAGUGACUGCCUACUCUGGCCGAGAUUCGGACUCCAUAACCUUGCGCCUCGGCGAAGAGCCUGGCCAGGCUGUUUGGGAAGAGGUCAAUCUAAAGGUUUACUUGGAUGAUCUUCACCUGCUGCACAGCCGACUCAAUCUCAUCAUCGACAAUAUCCAGGCAGAAGAGCCAGCGAAUACGGAAAACUUGAUUUUCGCCCUGAUCAAUCUCGAAAGAGUGGAGGAAAGACCCAGCCCUAGCAUUGACGGAUGGGACGAUGGGUCAGUUUAUACUCCGAUUGAGCCCAGCAGUCUAAGCAGAAGCUUUGGUCGUUCACCUGCGGAUUCUACCUCGCAGCUGCGCCACCCGCAAUCCCGGCAUAAGUUGUUGCCGAAAAUUCACCUACCGAGUCAGCCUAUUGAAUAUGAGCCGGAAAACAUGACCGAGAUGGCCGCCGAGCGCCAUUUCGAGAUCAGUGCCAAGGCUUGUUUCCAUGUCUUGUUUGGCGAUAAGAGCUUCGUGUUUCCAAAACUAUACUUUGAACACCGAGCUCAGCAAAUUGCUCAAGGGCCUUGGAUUCUAGUGGAUCAAGGCCGAAUGCGCCGCGAGUUUCAGUUCAAAGUCAACUACACAGAUAUGCUCGGGCGCGACAAAAGUGCCGAUGUAAAAGAUGAGCAAACAAUCGAUCUCUUUAGCGACCAUGUCACAUACGUUGUUACGCAUACCAAGACUGCGUGGCACUUGCCUCACUCGGGGUCAUUCAAACUCAUCUCCAAGAUUGUGAUUACACACGUGGCAAAGUCCAAGUGUAGACUUGCCAUCUGGGUAAAGAUUGAUUGGUCGAAGACACCAGCAUUGUCGAAGAACCUGGUAGAGCGCCAGGCUUUACGCGAUAUCAAGAGUCAGGCAGAGGAGCUGGCAGAGCUUGCGACUGACCAGGUGCGCAAGCUUGGGCCCAGAUCCAGGACAAACAAAGCCAUCCACGUGUAUGGUCAGGUCGGCAACCAGACACAGGUUGUUGUCUUCUCGCCCGGUUCUACAGACGCGAAGAAGAAGCAGGCCACUACGCGUCGAACUCUAACGUCGAUGGUCUUUGAUACGGUCCGGUCCUUUGCAGAGAGUUGCAUCACAUCCGUCAUAAUGUGGACAUUUGCUGGCGUCAAGCGGCUCUUUGACAUAGUCACGGCGUACCGGCUCAUCAUUGCCCUGCUCUUGUUCAGCGGCCUUGUAAACGUGCUCCUGACUUCCUCGAGUACUUCGACGUGGUGGCAGGAGCGCAGUGCGGCGCGGUUUAUGCACCGUAUCGGCGUGAUACCGCACCCCAUCAUGAGCAAGGCAAUCUAUUUUUCCGACCUGGCCGAUGCCACGGGCGCCGGCGGCUCUGCCCCGACCCUUGGAAGCGACAACAGCACCUGCUACAACACCUUCGCUGACCUGAUGAAGGCGGCCGACCUGGACGCGCCGUGGGAAGAGUCCGGCGGCGCCCUAGCGCCGGCCAGCCGCUCCACGGCGCGUCGCAUCCGGCGCACGAGGCAGCGGCUGGGCACGUACCGCCACGACCUGGUGGUGGCCAUGCGCGUGGUCAACAGCAUCGAGCGCGAGAUGGUGCAGUCGGAGUGGGAGGACUGGCUGGCGCACGAAUACUCGCUCUGCGACGAGCUUGGCCGCGUGCUAGGCGGGGAGCAGAAGGCGGGAGUCGUCCCGGACAAGGGGCAGAAGCAUAAGCAGAAACCCAUCGCGGAUCGUCACUUGGCGGAGCUGAAGCAGUGGCAGGAGGCGCACUGUAGCAGCUGCCGGGCGGAUUAUAAGAGCGUCGUGAAGAGCAGGGCUGCUCAAUGGGAUGAAUUCAGACGGUAG